AAGCAGUCAGUCUCGCCCCUCCGCUGUCAGCAGCAUCAUCAUCAUCGUCCCCGCCGGCUCCGGUGGCAGAGAGGAUGGUCCAGCCGAACGGCAGCGGCGGAUGCGAAUGACAGCCACGAGAUAAUGGCCCUGGAUGUACGCGAGUUUCCGAAUGUGCGACCAGUGACCAAGUGAGAGGACCGUGGAAGGAAAACGCUGAACCAUGUUGCUCUAAGUUGUGACCUGUGGUGAACGGGGGAGGAGGAAGAGGAGGAGAAGGAGGAGGACGAGAGAGAGAGAGAGAGAGAGAGCGAGAGAGAGGCGUAGGCAAGCAGACGGGCAUCUGCCACAGCUCCCUUUAGGUGGCCCUUGGCAAGCGUGAAGCAAUGGGCAACACAGCCACCAAGUUCCGCAAGGCCCUCGUGAGCGGUGAUGAGGCCCUGGCCUGGCAGCUGUACGAGGGCAAUCCUCAGUUCAGGGACGGCCUGGACCCGAACGCAUCAUAUGGAGAGCAGUACCAGCACAACACACCCCUGCACUACGUAUGUCGCCACGCCAUGACACGUCUGCUCAGGUCCUUCCUGUUCAGCAAAGAGGGAAACCCCAACAAGCGUAAUGUGCACAAUGAGACAUGCCUCCAUGUGCUGUGCCAAGGCCCGCAAAUCCUGCUGCUGCCAGAGGGAGCGCUGUCACCACGACUGGCCCGACCACAGAGGGACGAGCAGCGCCGUGCGGACUGCCUGCAGAUGAUCCUGAGCUGGACCGGCGCCAGGCUGGAGGGAGGCCAGUACGAGAAGGCCAAUGUUAACGCCACCGACAACCACCACAGCACCUGUCUGCACUACGCUGCCGCUGCAGGCAUGAAGAGCUGUGUGGAGCUGCUGAUCCAAAGCGAGGCGGACCUUUUUGUAGAGGAUGAGGACAAGUUGACGCCAUGUGAUCACGCCGAGCGGCACCACCACACCGAGCUGGCCCUCAGCCUGGAAUCGCAGAUGGUUUUCUCCUCCUCUUCAGCUCAGCAGUCAAACACAGAUGCACAUGGUGAAACCAACCUGCUUCAAUACAAAGAGCCUUAUGAAGGGCUGAAGAUUCAGGAUCUGCGCAGGCUGAAGGACAUGCUGAUCGUAGAAACUGCAGACAUGCUGCAAGCCCCCCUCUUCACUGCUGAGGCCCUGCUUCGAGCGCACGACUGGGACAGAGAAAAGCUUCUGGAAGCCUGGAUGUCCGACGCUGAGGGCUGCUGCCAGCGCUCAGGCGUCGCCAUGCCCACACCACCGCCCAGCGGCUACAACGCCUGGGACACCCUGCCCUCCCCCCGCACUCCCAGGACCCCGCGCUCACCCCUCACACUCACCCUGACUUCCCCCACCGACAGCUGCCUCACACCUGGAGAGGAGGGCCUGGCCACGUGCGGCAUCUGUCUCUGCUCCAUCUCAGUCUUUGAGGACCCGGUGGACAUGUCCUGUGGCCACGAGUUCUGCAGAGCCUGCUGGGAGGGGUUCCUCAAUGUAAAGAUUCAGGAGGGGGAUGCUCACAAUAUCUUCUGUCCGGCAUAUGAGUGCUACCAGCUGGUGCCGGUGCAUGUGAUAGAGAGUGUGGUUUCCAGAGAGAUGGACCAGAGAUAUCUGCAGUUUGACAUCAAGGCAUUUGUGGAGAACAAUCCAGCCAUCCGUUGGUGUCCUGCAGCUCGUUGUGAGCGGGCGGUGAGGCUCACCCGACCAGGCCCCGGGGACAGUGACCCUCACAGCUUCCCCCUGCUGCCCUCCCCAGCUGUGGAUUGUGGCAAGGGCCACCUCUUCUGCUGGGAGUGCCUUGGUGAGGCCCACGAGCCAUGUGAUUGUCAGAUGUGGAGGAACUGGCUGCAGAAAGUCACAGAGAUGAAGCCUGAGGAGUUGGCAGGGGUGAGCGAGGCCUAUGAGGAUGCUGCUAACUGCCUAUGGCUGUUAACCAACUCCAAACCGUGUGCCAACUGCAAGUCUCCCAUUCAGAAGAAUGAGGGCUGCAACCACAUGCAGUGUGCCAAGUGUAAGUAUGACUUCUGUUGGAUCUGUCUGGAGGAGUGGAAGAAACACAGCUCAUCAACAGGAGGCUACUAUCGCUGCACUCGCUACGAGGUCAUCCAACAGCUAGAAGAGCAAUCCAAAGAGAUGACUGUAGAGGCAGAAAAGAAGCACAAAAGUUUUCAGGAGCUGGACCGUUUCAUGCACUAUUACACUCGCUUCAAGAACCACGAACACAGUUACAAGUUGGAGCAGAAGCUGCUCAAAACAGCAAAAGAGAAGAUGGAGCAGCUGAGCAGAGCCUUCAUUAGCCGUGAAGGCACUCCUCCAGACACACGUUUUAUUGAGGACGGUGUGUCUGAGCUGCUGAAGACGCGGCGCGUGCUGAAGUGCUCUUAUCCAUACGGCUUCUUCCUGCAGCAAGGCAGCACCCAGAAAGAGAUAUUUGAGCUCAUGCAGACCGACCUGGAGAUGGUCGUGGAGGAUCUGGCCCAGAAGGUCAACCGGCCGUACCUGAGGACGCCGUGCCACAAGAUAAUCAGCGCAGCCCGUCUGGUGCAGCAGAAGAGGCAGGAGUUCCUGGCAUCGGUGGCCCGUGGCGUCGCUCCCAAUGACUCUCCUGAGCCUCCCCGCAGGAAUUACCCUGGAGGAUCGUGGGACUGGGAGUACCUUGGCUUUGCCUCCCCUGAGAUGGGAAGUCGUCACUCUGUACUGGGAGCAGGAGAGCAAAGAGAGAGACAGUCACAGGAUUAUGCUGACAUCCAGUACCGUCGCAGACACAGGCCACGGCGCAGAGGAGACAUGCUGAGUCUGCACAACCUUAGAAGCAGCAGCAACACACCAGAGACCAGCAGGAGGAGUGACAACUCAGAAGGCACAGAGAGGAGUGAGGGCCGCAGAAGAGCGCUGGGCUCACUGGAUGAAGAUGACCCCAACAUCCUUCUAGCGAUCCAGCUGUCGCUGCAGGAGUCCCGCAGAGAGCGAGGCCUGGAGGGGGGGCUGGAGGGGAGAGUGGAGCUGGAGAGAGGACUGGAAAGAGGACAGGAGAGGAGGACGGGUCCCACAGGAGACCUGGGUGAUGUUGCUUUGCACUCUCUCGCCACCGAGGGGCCUCCUGGAGCCAGAGGCUCGUCCUUCCCCACUUCUCUCCUGGAUCCUCCUCGCCCUCCCAACAGGACAGACUCCACCUCCCAGCCUUCCAUAUCUAACUCCCUCCCCCUCCCUCCCCCACCUCCCUCCCUCAGUGCAGAGCUGCUGGAGCUGGGAGACAGCCUUAUGAAACUGGGGAACAUAACCACUCCUUAUGACCUGGACACACACACACAGGAGCAGCUCUGCUCACACCACACAUACAGCCACAGUACACUCACUGCUUCAUACACCACUGAACCCGCUUACAGCGACUGCAGCCAUAGACAAGACCAGAAUGCACUGACGACCCCAUAUGUGCUUGAUCAUAUCACCAUCACAGACCCUCGUUAUGACAGCAAAGAGCAGAGUUACUGCCACUCCAGUGCUUAUUUAGCUGAGGCUGAACACAGUGCCUCCUGCGCACUUGAACGCACUCAAAACCCCGCCCAUCCUAGUUCGUAUAACCGGGAACAAGCAGCCACGUAUGACACCGCCCCAAAACCAGACAGCUCUUACAACCCCUGCCCAGAACACAGUAGCUCUUACACUGCGGAGCGUCCCGCCGCCUAUGCUCUCGAGCGCCCCACUAAGUCCGAUCCCCAGCCCCCCGCCCAGUUGUGCCUCCCAUCUCCAGAGCUCGAGCCGGAGCUGCUGCUUUCGCCGGUGAUUCCCCCUGGGGGCCCUUUCACCCCCAGCGACCCCCAGAGUCUGGAGGCUUUGGACCCCACAGCCAGUGCUCAGCUGCUGGACAACAUCAUGGCCUGGUUUAACAACAACAUAAACCCCCAGAACAACCCCCAGAGCCUGGCUCUCAUCCCCUCCCCACCCACCACAGAAACCGACUCCUCCCCUGACACUCACACUGAGACUGAGUCCGAGAGCCAGACCUCCAGGGAAGUGACCCCCGCCCUGAUCUGGCAGCCCCUGGAGGGCGAGCCGGAGUUGGACAGAGGGUCGGCGGGUGUCCCACCGGGUGCUGCAGGCGUGGAGGGUCCGAAGACGGUGAGGCCCAGCACUCUGGAGCUGGAAAACAGAGACGCUGGAGACGAGGGCGUGGACGCAGGGUGUGUGGCUGACCUGUCGCUGGACGAAGCGCACACACACCCCUGCUCACACUCCCAACGUGGAAACAGUCCCGCACACACUGCCCCGGCCACAGAGAGAGACUUAGACCUCGUCCUUCAGUUAGAGGAGGACCGGUCACCUGAGGAGUGGGAGGAGCAAGAACACCUGGUGUGACAGCGGCAGAACAAUGCAGAGAGGAGGGUCGAGCCAAGUGCAGGAAGAGAGAAGAUCACGAGGAUGGAGGUCAAAGACAAGAGAAAUGAGAGUGGAGCACUGAUAGAAAAUAAAAGAUUUAAUGGCGAUGCCUCUGUUAAAGAUGCAGGUCUCUGGGGAUGAGUGUUUACUGUCUGUAUUAUACUGUAUCUAGAGAGGACAUAAAGCUCUGCGGACUUUGUCCAGUAAAGAUGAUGUCAUACGCAGUUUGAUUAUUUUUAAGUGCUUUUUGUCUGCUCCGAACACAGGCAUUAUUCUUUGAAGCAAAUGAGUGUUUAAAACCGAGUACAUCAAUGGAAAGCUACUGAUAUCAUAACACAUAAAAUGCUACACGUAUUUUUUUUCUUAUUUUAUUUAUUCCCCUGCCUCUUGUGUUCGUCUUCUCCGUUUGUUCAGGGUGAAGUUUUGGUGCUGAUCAUGCUGAAAUCCAAACUUGCCUCGUUUUAACAACACUUGAUUCUAACACACUGACCCAACUACAAGCCUGUUCAGAGCUCCAGGAGCCAAAUAUGACGAUAGCUGUAACCUUUGGAGCCUGUUUAGCGUGCUGUACAAUCAGAGGGCCUAAUUCUGGUUUUUGGACCUUCAAGCACACUGUGCCUGUUUUGUUAGUGCCAACACACUACUGAUCUUUCCCUUUGGUGGGCUGCAAGCCAAGACCUGUCUGCUGUCACACUGUUGCAGCAUGCUUUAAUGAUUCUUUAAAAGUGAUCCACAGAGAAAUUGUCUCAUCCCCCUGCUUAGGAAGGUCAGUCUCAGCUACAGAGCCCUUAGCGGAGACUCGGUGUCUUGCUCAAAGGCACUGCAGUAUUAAUGGCUGCUUGUUUUGGGAAGGGAUGGAACCAUCUGUUUAUGCUGCUCACUGCAACCAUCCUGCAUUGCAAAUGUUCCGACUGUAUCAGAGACGAGCUUUCAUCCAUCAUCCUUUGUGCGGUGUUUUACUUUGGCUCAGUAUUUGUUUGCAAAGCUCUCGACGCAAAGUGCUCCAAACCAAAUUUUGGCACCGAAUCUCACAUAAACCACGAAAUGAAAUGAAAUGAGGUAAUGCAUCAAACACUAAGUUAAUCAGAACACAACAAUAUUGAAUGUGUUGGUCUCUGAAUUUUAACAAUGCUGUCAAACGGUAAUUAAAUUAAUCAAAACGGAGUACGCAGGGAUGUUUUUCAAGGUUUUAAGAGGGGAAAAAAAGCUAUUUAUGCUGAAGACGGUACUCAAAAUGAUGUAUUAAUGGUGGAGUCAUCAAUGCUAAUCCAAUAUAUUUGUUGUCAUAUUGAGGGGAUAUUUCUUUGUGAUCUGCUGGCUGGAAAAAAAUCAGAUGUUUGACUUUGAAAAGGGGGAAAAAAACAACGUGGCUCUGAUCGAUUUACCACUGCGAGUUUUGUUUGCGCUCGUGCACAGAACGGAAGCAAAGGGAGCAGUGGGAACGAAAGAUAGUAAAUCUGACACGUGCUAAAAUCAACAAUCCUCCUCCAGAACUCAGCCUUUUAUAACAAAUUAAAAUCGUUAUUUAUAAGAUGCUUCCCGCACUCCAAAUUUACAAUCACUGGAUUCCAAUAAAUAGAUGAAUUCAGUUUUACUUUAAUGCUAAGAUAAAUGAAAAUAUAGAUAAAUGUAGAUAAUGUGUGUUAAAGCCCGAUCAGAUAACGGCUAGUUUUCUCCUCUAAAUCACAAAACACUACAGAAAACAUUUGAAUUCAUCACGCUGCUGUGACACACGCUGAACAUGUUGUAAGAUUUGCUCCGUGAUGUCCGAUGAGGAGAGAUGUUUGCAAACAAGCGUCGCACUGGUUUAUUCAUCUCGUAUAAUAAGUGACCAAUUCUGAAGAUUCAUUCGAGAGUUUUGCACAUUAAAUCUGAGCCAAAGCAGAAAAAAAAAACAACUCUACGGUUUAUUGUUUUGAUCAUAUCUAUUCCACUACUGAUCCGAGCUGGUGCAGCGAUGAUGUGGGUUGGGUUUUUUUUUUUUUUUAACUGUAAUUUAUCCUUUUUUUAAAAAUUCCUUUAUUCCUCAUUAUAGUUGCAUUUCUUCCAGUUGAGACCGGAGUUGUUGGGUCUGUGUGCCUUUUGGUUGUAUUUUUGUUCAUUUGUUGGUAUUUAUUAGUGUCAUUGCUUUUUCCAAACAUGCCGAGCAAAUUUUGCUGGUGGAAGAUAAUGAAAGAACACAACCACUUUUCUACACGUAUGUAUUUCUAAUUUGUCCCCCUGGUUUAUCUUCAGUCUUUGUUCAUUUUUACUGAAUCAGCUCUAAAGGCUGUCUGAAGGAAUCUGUUUCUUUCCCCGCUAACAAACACUUCCUCUGAAUUUUGUUCAGUUCACUUUUGAUUUCACAAAGGCCCUUUAAAUGUGACUCCCGGGUUAAAAAAAAAACUUUCUCGCCCAAAUCUAAUGUUUACAAGGGAAUUAAACACUGCCUGCUGUGAUGAGAUAUGAUUUGGUGCUUUGGGGACUGAAAUGAUCACAAUGGAAUGUUUUGAUCGUACUUUUAAGGCAAACAAAUGUAAGAACAAAGUCUGAUUCAGCUCAUAAUACUCAUAAUUGAUAGUUUUAGGCUUAUUUAAAGUGUGAGAUCUGAAGUGAGAAACCCUGAAACGACAGCUUUUCCUCAACUGUGAAGGUGCUGAGCAGACAGUCGGUGCUGGAUGUAAUAUUUCACGAAGCCUGUUGAGAAACAUUUCAGACUUUGAGGAAUUUAACUGGUGAGACGGUAAAAACAUUCAAUCUGGAGUCUUUAUUUUGCACAAGCAUGCUGUUAACGGGCAACAUGUGGCGGAACAGUGGUUUUAUUAUUUCUUUUUUAUUAUUAUUAUUAUUAUUAUUUUAUUUGGAAUUGGACUGACGAAUCAAAUGAAUGGUUUUGUGCCAUUUUAUACUCCACACAUAAUGUUUUAUAAUUUAUUGCACCCUCAACCAACACCUUCAGAAUUCAGAAAAAAAAAAAAAAAAGAAAUUGCACUCUCAUAGAUUAUACUUGAUACAUUCCCAGCCGGGUAACAGAAAGGUUUGAUGUGUGGCCAAAACUAUAAAUGAAAGUGUCAGUGCAAAGUUUACUCUCAAUAAAAAGAACGGAAAGUG